CGAGGAUUCAGUCUACGCCGUAGCUUGAACCGUAGCGCGUGUGUGUGUGCUUACUUUGCCUCAAUCAGAGAUAUAAAGAGAAGGCUGAAAUGGGGCUGCCACGUCUCAAGACUUGCUGUUUCAUAUUUGAUUUGAAGACUGGAAACAUUAUCCUGGGUUGUUUCAAUGCGAUCCUGACAUUCGCGAUGUUGGUUAUACUGAUCACGGAGGCAGCGAUGGUCGGCACCAUCAACGCUGAUGAUGGAAACAUGGAUCCCGAGGUGCAGUCAGCAAUCACGGGUCUCUACGUCAUGAGCAUUCUGUUAGUGUUUCUCUUCAUCGUCAAACUUGUCUCUGAUGUCGUAUUUAUUUACGGCGUAGUUAAGGAGCGGCCCGGUAUCAUCAAGUCGUACUUCAUCACGUGGACUGUCUUCUUCUUGUUAUCAUUGUUCAUUUUCUUUUUAAACUGCUACAAAUACAGCCCGGGGACUAUUUGGACCGAAAUGCUUUACAUUGGUGUCAACACAUACGACAUACUUCUGGGCUAUAGUUUUUACAAACAACUAAACGUUAGAGAAGAGAUUUAAGUCACAGCGCUCGAUAACAGAUGGCGCUGUAAAUUUUACGACUACUAGUGUUACUUUUGUAGGUAUUUUUAAUAUUUAUGAAUACUUAUUUUGUAAUUACAAUUAAAUUUAUUAAAAAAUCUUAUAAAGUGUAGCUAUUGUGAUACGCCUAGCACAAUGGCAGGUUUUUAUAAAACAAUGAUAUUUAUAUUUUAUAGCUAUUUUAGUCCAUUAAUUGAGCUUUUUGUGAUCGAAAAUGUUUGUAGGCAAACUUUAUAAAUUCCAAA